GAGAGAUAUCGUAUCUUGUUUUAUCCUAUUUGUUUACUUUCUAAUAUUACUUUUUUGUUAUGUCGUGUGUAAACUAGUUAACAAUCUUAAUCACAAUUUUUAUUAAAAUGUCUGGUAGUAACACAACUCCACCAACAGGUGUUGUUAGAAGCAGUGCAUUAUCUUUUGUUGCGUCUGCGCAGCCUCAGAUUAAUGAUAAUCCUGUGGAUCCUUCCCUGGUUACGGGCCCUUCACAAACGAGUAAUGAACAGAUGAUGGCAGCAGAAAGGCUAGUGCCAGCGGGUCUUAAGGCUUUAUGUGAUGCUUACUCAAGAUUGUAUCCUGAACAACCUAAUCCAUUACAAGUUACCACUAGAUUAAAAUAUUGGUUAGGAGGUCAAGAUCCACUGGAUUACAUCAGCAUGUACUGGAAUCCUGGCAAACCUGAAGAGAACAUACCACCUCAUUGGCAUUAUGUAAGUUUCGGUCUAUCGGACUUGCAUGGUGACGGGCGUGUGCACCCUGAAGGUGGGUCGGAGUCAGGCUAUGGAUUGGAGCUGACACUGCGAUUGGCGGCCUCUGGGCCCGCGCCACUCUGGCCUGCCGCACUGCUGCAGUCACUCGCUAGAUAUGUCUUUACUACAGGUAACAAGUUCUGUGCGGGCGACCACAUAUCUUGGCACGCGCCGCUGGAUGGUGACUCCGAGUCCCGGGUUCGUCAUCUACUGGUCGCUGAAGACCCUCAGUUACCAGCUAUUGAUACACCACACGGGACUGUGAAGUUUAUACAGAUGGUGGGUUGUACGGGUCGGGAACUGAAGGCAGCACAAAGGGGCUCUGGCUUCGAUGUACUCAAACUUAUAGCCGAAGAUCCAAGAUGUGGCGGGUCUUGGCUGGUGACGCGCGCGCGCAGGGCUUCAGCACGUAAAGUGCGGAGUGCCCGCACCGGUACUGCACCUGCAUUGCUCGCUGGAGUCUCCGCUAGGGUCAAAUGGUUGCCUUAUACAUUGGACUCAGAAGAAUCCACUUCACCACAACUCAGUCCUACAGUGGAACGGCAGAUUAAGGAGACGUUGCAGCGAGGACUGAACUGUAUGGGCUCCGCUGAGAGAACUGUACCUGAAGGUCACAAUAUGUCUACGGAUAGUUUUGAGAUGAGCAGUAUAGAGAGAGCUUUACCACAGAUACCAGAGUUAAUGCAGGGUUCAUGGCGGUGUGAGGAUACGGUUGAGUAUUUGGAGGGUGUGCAUGUUGUGAUGAAUGCGGAGGGUGCCAGUCUGUUGCCUCUCGCUAUACAUGGUCGUAUAUCUCACGGGCGUCACUUCACGUGGCGCUGCGGCCCGCGAGCCAUCACCUUCGUUACGGGCGGAGUCUCCGGAGCCCUGCCCACUGUUACCAGACCAUACGCACAACGAGGACCUUGGCUACAGAUGUUGAUACCACCGGAGUUAGCGCGAGACAUGUCACCCCAGUUAGUACCACUUUCACGACUCGCGGACACCGACUCGGAGUCAGAGGAUGAGGGCGAAGCGCCCGCGCCGCCGCCCUCCCUCCCGCUCACACUGUCAUGGCCGAAAUACAAAUUGAAGAUCACCAUUGUACCUGAUUGUGAAUUUGUUGCGUGACACAAUAAAGAGUUUUAUACCAACGAAUGCAUAAUUA